AUGGGCAAAUUACAACGGUGCAGCAUUCCGCCUGAACUGCGCGGCAUGGCUCGUGCCGUCUCCGAUGCCGAUGCCCAUCAGUUCCCUGACCUUGUCCCCGCACCGGGGCGCGCUGGCCCGCCAGUGAGCGCACUGUGGCAUAUCACCACGGAGUUGAACGACGCGAAGCCGCUAAGCACUCGGGAGUUUAAGCUGUUCCGUGCGGCAUACGCGGAGUGUCGCCAGCAUCUCCGCAGCGUCACGAACGGCGUCAUCGCAUCAGGGACACCCAUUGCAGAUGUGCUGGUGCUGGCAGUCCGCAUGGAUACCCUCUGCGCUGAUCUCGGCCUCACCCUGCUAGUGUUGUUUCCCGCGUUGCGGGAGAUUCACACGUACUUACUCGAUCUUAGCGACCGACUGGCGCUCGGGCGUGGCGAGUCGCCGCGACAGGGUGUCCUUCUAGACCUCCUAACGCGCUUCCUCUACAGGAUUCUCGAGCGAGGCGAGCGGGCCUUGCGCGAGUACGAGGCAUGGGAGGCUCAGCGUGGCACCUCCAACCCGGGUUAUGGCGCGCUCGAAGUGGUGAGUAGCAAAGCCGCGCGCUCGGGCAGUGCAGGACAUAGUCGCCCGGCGAAUGUGGCGGCCAGUGAUAUCGUGUUAGCCUCUUUCCUUGCCUCAACACGGCAGUCGUCUGCGCAGGAAUUUCCCAUGGCUGCUGCAUCUCUACCAGAGGCGCACUGGGUGACCACCAACACCGCGACUGCAGGUACCACCGCCGUUGAUGAGCAGGAGCUUACCCCACUAGGUGAGCAGCACUCUUUUCCCGCUCACGUUUCUGACGCCAUUGCGAGCGUGAACGCGGACCUGGAGGCGCACUUUGCGCACAUUCGGUGGUACGUGAGGGCGACUGACCAGGCGCCUGUGUGCUUCGAUGCUCACACGUACCUGGAGGAGCACGUGCUGCGGGCCGCGUGGGACGCCCAUGUGGGCCGCCACCGCGCCGCAUGCACGGUAGAGGAGUUCCUUUCUCUCCUGCCGCUGUUCCCGCCGUGGACGCACGAGGCCGUCAUGUCGGUGCUGAACUUUAAGGACUGCGGGGUCAUCUCACUUUACUCACUGCAAUGGCUAUUGAGUGUGUGGGGCCCACUGCAACUGCUGGAGCUGAACCUGCGUCACGAGCUGGAGCUCGGUGCGGUGAACUUGUCAGAGCCGUUUGCUUACCUGGCAUUCUCCUUAGCCACUCGGUCGGACGCUCUGGUUGGCGACUACGUUGUGGGUCUCUCCGAUGUGAUCGGCGAACUGCGCGUUGCCGUGCUACGUCCAGCUCGUAGGCAUCGUGGGCACCUGUGGACGGCCGCGUGCGCCGUUUCCCGCUCCCCCUAUGCAACGGCGAGGGACAGAGACGGUGUCGCCAGCACCAUGACAUCACCGACCCAGGCAGCGGGCGCGUCCCGCAGGGGCUUGGCCACCGUGUCCUACACCCUGUCCCGUGCCACUGGUAUGUGGAUAAUGAAGGGGCUGGCACACGAAGAGUUCGACUCGGUCGCGGACGCAUGCGCCGCCUUUUCGGAGAUUUUUCAGCGGCCCUGUGGGCAGCCGUUAAGUGCCUCGUGUGCCGCACUGCUGCGGCCGACGUUGGCAUCUAAAGCACCUCCACUGUCUCUGUGGAGCGAGAGAAGAGACUCCGAGGCGGCGACCUCUUUGCUGCCCGCCACUCCCACUAGCCCCGGGAAACUGGACGAGGGCCAUGCCUCCGCCUUGCAUCGCGCCUGCUACCGCAACAAUGCUCGCUACGUCCGCACGCUGCUGCACCGCGGCGGCGGCACAGUGGUUAAUGUCGCCUUAGUGGACCCGCUGGUUUGCGCGAGCUUCUGCUGGACGCCGUUGCUCUGCGCCGUCAACAAUCCGCACGGUGAUCCGGUGGAGUUGGUGUUGCAGCUGCUGGAGGCCGGUGCCGAGGUGGAGUAUAUGGAUGACGCCGACUGCACUGCGCUCUACUACGCCAUCGCCAACGGGUAUGCUGAAACGGCGCAUGCGCUACUGGAGCACUGUCCGACGCUGUCGACCUCGCCCUACACGGUGCCCCUGCUUGUGGCGAUUGGUGCCCACGAUUGCCACCUGCGCGAGUGCGAUGUGCAGCGGCUGAUGGAAGUGGUGCCGACGGCGGCUGUGCUGCGGGUGGUGGCGGCCUACGAAUCCAGUCUCGCCCUCGUCGCGCUUGCCUCAACCAUUGUGGAGGAGAAGCUGAAUGGCGAGGACCAUUGCGCUUCAUCAGCAGAGCGACUCCUAGUGGCGCAGCGCUGCACCGCGUCAGCGGAGCGGCACACUACCGCAGAGGCGGAGCAGCUGAGGUGGUGGAUGCAGCACCAUACUCGUCGCUGCCUGCAGGCACGCCAGGAUGUGCAGGAGGCAGCGCGGGUUCUGUACGCGCGGCAGUAUGCGUUGUCGUGGCGUGCGUGGCUCGACACUUUGGAUGCUGUGGGCAGGGACGGUGCUGCGUCGCUGAGGCUGGCUUGA